CCUCGGCGGCGCGGUGAUGGCCGCCUCGCACCGAGCGGCGAAGCUGGCGGCCUCCAGUCUCCACACCCCGGCAAAUCCCAACACCCGGGCGCGGGGCGCCCUGUACGAACGCCAGGACCCCUUAGACGAACUGGCUGCGGCGGCGGCGGCCUUGGAGGAGGAGGAAGAGGAGGAGGAAGAGGAAGAGGAGCUGAAGGCGGUGCGGCGGUCGCCGGCGCAGACUAAUGUUAACAUCAUUUCCGGGGCGGAUGGACAAACAUAUGCAAGCUAUGAGGACUCUGUGGACAUUUCUGAUAUUUACCACUCUAAUGAAGAAUAUUUCAGGAAACUAGAAGAACUGAAGGCUGCCCACAUGGAAACUAUGGCAAAGUUAGAGAAAAUGUACCAGAAUAAAUUAAAUUUAAAGAAAGUUCAGCCAGUGAUCACCAAGGAAGAAGCUUCUAGUGUCUCUUCCAUGUCUGUAUCAGAAAAGAACUCCUAUCACACUAUUUCGUUAGUCACAUCGGUUUCAGAACCUGACUUAGUUUAUUCUUCCCCCUUGAUUGUGUCUUCCUCUGAAGAUGAGUUGCCCAACUUAGAAAGAGAGUUGCCCAAGAAAAACAGGAUGAUGACCUAUGCUAAGGAGCUCAUCAACAACAUGUGGACCAACUUUUCUGUUAAAGAUUACAUUCAGCAUGAAGAUGUUACCUUCCUAUCAGUUGAAAAAACAAAGAAGAAACCAAAACAAUGGGUGUCAAAGAUAACAGUACCUGAGCCUUUUCAAAUGACAAUUAGAGAACAGAAGAAAAAAGAAAAGAACAUGAAAUAUAAAUCAGAUAUUGAAAUGGUCCACAAACUGCGCAAAAAACAAGAAGAAGAUUCAGAGUGUAAGAAAAAAUUCCGAGCCAACCCAGUUCCCGCGUUUGUCUUUCUCCCCCGUUAUCAUGAUAUAGUCAAGAAAAAUGAAGAACGGAGGAGAACUGUGAAGGAGAAAAACAAAGAAGCUCUUUUGGCCUCACAAAAGCCAUUUAAGUUUAUUGCAAGGGAGGAACAAAAGCGAGCAAUACAGGAUAAGCAGCUAAGAGACUUUUUUAAAUCUAAAAAGAAAACAAAUCGAUUUAAAGCCAGACCUAUACCUCGAUCUACUUAUGGUUCAGCUACCAAUGACAAGUUAAAAGAAGAACUCUACAGAAACAGUAAGACACAGCUGAGAGCCCAAGAACUUUUAUCAAAUGCAUCUCCUGCACCUUAUCGACCAGCUCACAGAAGUUUUGCUGCGAGGAAACCCAAGGGUCCUGUACAGGCUGAAAAGUUGAAGGAUAAAAGCAACUCUAGGAGCCAGACUGCUGAUUUUGAAGAACUUCCUGAGAAAUAUCAGAAACACCUCUCAGAACAGAAAUGUCCAAAACUCCUAACAGUCUACAAACCAUCUGAUCUUCAUGCAGCCUCACAUGCGUCCACUAAAAAAGAGAAAAAUUUGGCAAAUAAUGAAUCAGAUGAAGAAAAUUUAAAAGAAACGCAUUGGCCUCAUCAGUCUCUAAGGCGCAAGUCACCAGUAAGAAGUCCAAAUGCAAAGCAUGUGCCUUGUAACUACAACCCUCCAAUACCCACAGUAUCUUCCAGAGGAAGAGAACAAGCCACCAGGAGAUCAUUUGAGGAAAAGAAAAUGUUGGAAGAAGAGAGAAAUCGGAUCCUAACUAAGCAGAAGCAAAGAAUGAAAGAAUUGCAGAAACUCCUGAUAACCCGGACUAAGGCUUAUGACUCACAUCAAAGUUUAGUUCAAGUGUCUAAAUCCAGAAUAAAAUCUCUCAGAAAGAGUGAAAAGGAAAGGAUGAGAGAAUACCGACAAGAACUAGAAGAAAGAGAAGAAAAAUUAAAAUACAGGCCACUACUAUUUGAAAGAGUUGCUCAGAAAAAUGCAAGAAUGGCAGCAGAAAAGCAUUAUUCUAACACCCUAAAAGCACUAGGACUAUCUGAUGAGUUUGUUUCAAAGAAAGGCCAAAAUGGAAAAAUAUUUGAGUCCUUCAGCAACCAAGCGAUGAAAAGUUUCACUGAAGAUAAAGAAAGCUUUAAUGAAGAAGAAAAUGUAGAAGAAAGAGAGAAUGGGGAAGAAAAUUAUUUUACUGAAACCAACAGCCAGGAUUCUUUCAAAGAAAAAAAUGAAGCUGAUGAAGAGAGUGCAGAAGAGAAAUCUGUUGAAGACUAAAACAGAAUCAGCAGGGCCCCCUCUCUGUGCCUGUGCUGUUAGCAACCUUGCUUGUUGUGUUAGGAACAUAGAUGGGAACCCCUCUGAUAUGUGCAGGGCUCUUGAGCAAAGUCAUCUGUAGCCAAAAAGGCCGAAUCCAGCUGAUAAUCAUUUGGUCAGAGUAAGGCUUUGCCUAUUCAGUUUUUUAAAUUGCUACACCUGGUCUGUUUGUAACUUUGCUCUUACUUGUAUUUUUUUUUUUUAAUCCUCACCCGAGGACAUUUUUGC